CCGCCCACUUGACGCGAUGACGCAUCGCAGGUUUGCGGACGUGGCGGCGGCGCACGGUCCGAAAAGCGGAGACGUUGGCGGCAGCUACAGUGGUGGUGGCGGCGGCGCUGGGGGACUUGAACAGCCAAAUCCCUAGGCUCGGUCAUGAACUUGCCCGGGACAGGCGCGGCGGCGGCGGACCUGGUAUCUGUCUCCUUGCUGCGUCCCCCUUGCUAACCGGACAGAUUUUGACAUUAUGGCAGGGAGGCAUCAGAAUCGUAGUUUUCCUCUCACAGGAAUUCAGUUGAGUAGUCAAGCACAUGCUUUUGGAAAUUGUACAGACUCUGAUAUGUUGGAAGACGAUGCUGAAGUGUAUGAGCUUCGAUCCAGAGGAAAAGAGAAAAUCCGAAGAAGUACAUCAAGAGAUAGGCUUGAUGACAUUAUUGUACUAACAAAAGAUAUCCAGGAAGGGGAUACUUUAAAUGCAAUAGCCCUUCAGUACUGUUGUACGGUAGCAGAUAUCAAGAGAGUUAACAAUCUCAUCAGCGAUCAAGACUUUUUUGCCCUUAGGUCUGUCAAAAUUCCAGUUAAAAAGUUUAGUUCAUUGACUGAAACACUUUAUCCUCCAAAAGGAAGACAGGCUUCACGUCCUUCAUCUAUUCAGUAUGCUCCGGAACAACAGGAGGUUUCACCAGCUAAUGACUGUCUUUCUUCUAGUGAGUCAGCUGGUAGUUUUUUAAAAGAAGUAGACCGAGACAUAGAACAAAUAGUAAAGUGUACAGACACCAAGAAAGAGAACCUUAAUGAGGUAGUGUCUGCCUUAACAGCACAACAAAUCCGUUUUGAACCUGAUAACAAAAACACUCAACGUAAGGAUCCCUAUUAUGGAGCAGACUGGGGAAUAGGGUGGUGGACAGCUGUAGUGAUAAUGUUAAUAGUAGGUAUAAUAACACCAGUAUUUUAUUUACUGUAUUAUGAAAUUUUAGCUAAAGUGGAUGUUAGUCACCAUUCAACAGUGGACUCUUCACAUUUCCAUUCAGGAAUCACACCCCCAUCACAGCAUAGAGAAAUGGAAAAUGGAAUUGCUCCAACUAAAGGAAUACAUAUUGGUCAACAAGAUGAUCAUAAACUAUAUAGAGAAGAUUCUCGGCCACCUGCUGCUCAACACAAAACAUAGCAGUUAGCUCAUAAUCAAAGUAAUAGUGAUCUUGUGUAUCUGGAAUGUGGUGAACUCAGUUAUAUCCAGUAUCUACUUCAGAGGUAGAGUUUAGGGAGAUUGACGAUGCUUUUUUUAUAUUUUACCUUUCUGAAAUUUUUUGAGCCAUUUACAAGUGGAUUAUGUAUAAAAUCCCUGCAAUUGCUAAUUGUUGAUGUUAAAAAUAGUCAAUCCGUGAAUCUGUGAUAUGAAUUCUUAAAGCAGAAAUGAAUUUAAAUGUUUGCUGAGGAAGUUCUCAAGUUGGAAGAUGUAUCAUUUUUCUUACUCAAGACUAGUUAUGUUUAAAUUUUAUUUAAGAUUAUUCAUGAUAAAAUUUUGAAGCAGAAUAAUGAUAGUUUCAGAUGUUUUCAACUGAAGAAAAUUUACCAUGAACCACCAAAAUACUUAGUUGCAAAAAGUUUGAUUCUGAAAUUACUCAUCAUAGUGAGUACUUAACAUUCAUCUUGAAACUUUUUAAAAACAUUUAGCACAUGUGCUGUGAAAGCACAAGUAGAAACUAAUGGAAACAAUGUAUACUUCUGGAAUAGAUGAUAAGAAAUAGAUUAAAUAUUUUUAAGACCCCAAAAUAAUGUGUUAUGGUUGGGAAGUAACUGUUUGAUCACCUGAACACUGGAUUAGGUCAGGACCUAAAAGUAAUCUUUGUGUUUUAAAGAAUGCUUAAGACAGAACCUUUAACCUCACCUCUGCUUCUGUUUUUAAAAUACUUGCCUUCGAUAUUUGAAAACAUUUUUUGUAGUUCUUUGAUGAAAAGUGUUAUACAUGUAUAGAUUAGCAUUAUUUAGGAAAUAACUCGUAUAUACUGUGAUAAAUCAUUGCUGUUACAUAUAGUAACAGGCCUUAAUUACAUUUAAUGUUUUAGAAUAUUACUUUAUGUAAGUUAAUAGACGUUUUAGAAUUUAAACAUUGUUUCAGAUGGUCCAGUUAGACUCAGUAUUAAUUAUGCAAGCUCAUCUCUACCUUCACUUUGAAGCACAAGUUAAUGGAUCAAAACACAUCUUUAUUGCCUACCUUUGAGGUCUGUUGUAGAUUUGUUCAUUAAACAAAAACAAAGAGGCCUUUUGAAUUAAAUAGGAGACAAGUUGCUGUAUUUGGUUGAUCCCUUAACCUGUUUUUCAAAGGGAAAAUAUCCAACCUAGAAUUAUUUUCUUUUUCUUGAAUUUGUAGCAUCAUAUUGAGGAAAAGAGGCCAAAGGUGGAUGGUUGAAAGGACUUGAUAGUACCACAUUCUAAGAUCUGCUGUGGAUCUGACAGUCUAAGAAAUAUUUGCAUACUGAUCCUAUCCUUUCAUUUAUUAAAAACUGUGUUUUUAAAAUGUGUCAAAGAUGAUUCAAUAGAAGUGACGUGGAAUCUGGAUUGCCUGUUUUGUGUAUAAUAAAGUAUAUACCUUAAGAUAUAUAAUACCACCUCAUUCUUCUGGGCAUAUUUUCUGAUUUUCAAUAUUUCAGCUUUUUGGUCUGUUAUUUUACAUUACAAACUCUAACCUUGAUAUGAAAUGGUAUGAAUAUAGAUAUUUAUGGUAAUUUGAGUUUUAUGUACUUUUAGGAGAAAAGCAUCAAAACAAGGACAAAGAAGCCAAACAAUUUAAAGCUCUUGUAUCAGAGGACUUACAGUUGUUGUGAAUUGAUUUUUCAGCAAAUCUUUUAGUUAAAAUAAUUUUCAGUUGUUUUAAUGUGCCUUGGUAUCUCAAAAAUAGGAGUGUGAUCUUUUAGUUUAUGCUCCUUGUUAAUUUGGCUAGUUUAUAUACCAUUUAAGCCUGCCAAAAAAUCAAGUUUUAGGAUAGUAAAUGCAGACUAUUUCAGUUAGAACAGGCUAGAUGUCCUUUAAAGAUCUGUUUAUAUCAAAUUGAUAAGAUUGGAGACUUUGAUUCCUUUUUGCUAGUUUUACUUUGAAAUUGUGACAGAGGGGUCUGAUAACUUAUUUUUAAAAUAACAAAGUACUAGUUGAUUAAAAGUCACUUCUGUCUUUCAGAGUAUCCUUUUUGGAGGAAAUACAACAUAUAUCCUUAUGAAACACUAUCAGGCAGUUUCCCUUUUCUACAUAUUUUAAUUACACAGAAUUAAAUUUAACAAGUUUUUAAAAGAAAAAUUUCAUAAGAAUUCAGAUUUAAAAUUUUAGCUUUUAAAUUAAAAAUACUAAUACGUAUUCAAUUUAUAGUAAAUGCAAAUUACGUUAUAUAACUAGAUAAUAAGCACAAUUGAUAUUGGAUUUUAAUUGUGUUGAAGCCCUUAUCUGAAUUUAAGGCUUUACAUUUGUGUGUGUAUACAAAUGUAACAAAAUUGUGAAUCACAGUAUUUGGCUCACUUAAAAAUUUGGAGUUGCAAGUAAAGAAAAAAUACGUUAUUUUUAGGGCAGUUUUUUUGUUUUUUGUUUUUAAUUCUGGGUAAACAUGGCUUAAAAGUUGGUUUGAACUAAUAGAUAGCCAUUUAGGUUGACUAUUUUUGCUGUCCAUCCCUAGAAAAAAGAUGGGUUAUAGUCUGCUUGCCCUGUGAAGAAUGAGAAAGAAAUCUGUAAUGCCAAAUUAUCUUUCCCAAAGAACUUUUUGUUUUGCUUUUUUUUUUUUUUUUUUCUGAACUCUUACCUGCUUGUUCAGUGGCCUAGAAAGUUCUCUAAAUGAACCACUAUUUAGUAAGAUCUACUGCCAACAUUACCUAGUUGGGAAAUGAAGGAUAUAGUUUUUGAAAUAUGAAGCAAAGGUCCAAAGUGACAGGGUGGAGUUUUUCAAUCUCUAUUUAAAUGGUGUAUUUUGAUGGGAAUCAUUCUUAGUUUGAAUUACAACAAUGUUGCUCAGGAAAUCAGUAUUUUUCUUCUAAGUAUGUGCAUAUUGCACUGUUAAACCAUAGAUAUAUUUGCUUUAUUUAAUUCAUUUUAUGUAUGCAAAAUUUAUAAAUCUUGUAUAAUGUAUUUUAUACAAUUGCACAAUGUAAUAAUAGAAUAUUAUGUUAAAUGUACAUCUGUAAAA